AUGUGGCAGGCACCGGCAUACACCAUACUGGGCGCCGGGGAGGUGUUCGCCGCCAUUGGCGUGAUCGAGCUCUUCUACGACAAAGCGCCCGAGAGCAUGAGGAGUCUGUGCACCGCACUCGCACAGCUCGCUGUCGCAGCGGGGAACUACCUUAACUCGGCCGUGCUGGGCUCCGUCGCGUCCGCCACGGGAUGGAUCCCAGAGGACCUCAACGACGGCCACCUGGACUACUUCUUCUGGCUGAUGGCGGUGCUCGGCGCACUAAACCUGCUGCAGUUCUUGCUCUGCUCUGUUCCGGCCAUGAGGCACACCCGUAGGUAGCCCGACUUCACAAAGACAUAGCAGUCCGUGUUCAUUUUUCUUAUUAAAAAAUAGGAUUAUCCCCAGGCUCUGCAUCAUUUCAAUGGAAACAAGCAUAGUCGGUGUUCAUAGUGAGUGUUCAUUUGGACUUGAGAAAUUACAUCAUUUACAAAUAUUAGUACGCAACAGCG